AUGACAGAGAAUCUAGCUCUCCCUCUUCUCCUCACAAACCCACCUCCAACAAAACCCUCACUCCCCAUCCAGACUCACUUUCACCAGCAACAGCAGCUAAAACCAACAAUAACCACUUCACCACCACCACAACAUGGCAUCCAAGUUAUGCAGGACUUCCUUUUUAAGCAAACCUCCAAUUCUUCCAAACCCAUUAACCCACAAACCCAACCUGACCCAUUUCCUAUCCCAAGAACCCGUACCCGAAUUGGCAAGGCCCGUGAUCCCAACCGUGGCAAACCCUGGACCCACCGUCGUCUCUCCCUUCAAGGUCAGCGGGUUCUUGAUUCUUUAAAUGACACAUCUUUGGAAACCAGUGAAUUAGAUAAAAUCUUGAGUCUUUUGUUUGAUUACUAUAAAGAAGAGUUGAGUUUAAGUAGUGGUAGUAAGGAGAGGUUAAGUAAUGAUGUUUUGGGUAUUAUUAAGGGUUUAGGGUUUUAUAAAAAAUGUGACUUGGCUAUGAGUGUGUUUGAGUGGUUUAAGAAUAGGGAUGAUUGUGAGUCUGUUUUGAGUAAUUCAGCUGUGGCUGUGAUUAUUAGUAUGCUUGGCAAAGAAGGAAAAGUUUCGGUGGCAGCAUCCUUGUUGAAUAAUUUGCAUAAAGAUGGAUUUGAACUUGAUGUCUAUGCUUAUACAUCUUUAAUAACUGCUUGUGUUAGUAAUGGGAGGUAUAGGGAAGCUGUGAUGGUGUUUAAGAGGAUGGAGGAAGAAGGGUGCAAACCGACUUUGAUCACUUAUAAUGUGAUUUUGAAUGUGUACGGGAAAAUGGGUAUGCCUUGGAAUAAGAUUGUAGGUCUGUUUGAGGGAAUGAAGAAUGCCGGGGUUUUGCCAGAUGAGUAUACAUAUAAUACGCUGAUAACUUGUUGUAGGCGAGGAUCUUUGUAUGAAGAGGCUGCUGCGGUUUUUGAGGAUAUGAAAUCGAUGGGAUUUGUGCCUGAUAAGGUCACUUAUAAUGCUCUAUUGGAUGUUUAUGGGAAGUCUCGGCGGACCAAGGAGGCAAUGAAAAUAUUAAGGGAAAUGGAGGCUAAUGGAUGUUCCCCGAGCAUUGUGACUUAUAAUUCGUUGAUAUCUGCUUAUGCAAGAGAUGGUCCGUUGGAAGAAGCAAUGGAGCUUAAAAACCAGAUGGUUGAAAGAGGGAUUAAGCUGGAUGUUUUUACUUACACUACACUUUUGUCAGGAUUUGUGAGGUCCGGUAAGGAUGAGUCUGCAAUGAGGGUUUUUGAGGAAAUGAGAGCUGCGGGUUGCAAACCUAAUAUUUGUACUUUCAAUACCUUGAUUAAGAUGCAUGGUAAUAGGGGAAAGUUUGCAGAAAUGAUGAAGGUUUUUGAAGAGAUCAAAAUUUGCUGUUGUGUACCAGAUAUUGUUACCUGGAAUACCCUUCUAGCAGUGUUUGGGCAAAAUGGGAUGGACUCGGAAGUGUCUGGAGUUUUCAAGGAGAUGAAGAGGGCUGGCUUUGUACCUGAGAGGGAUACUUACAACACCCUAAUCAGUGCAUAUAGUCGGUGUGGAUCAUUUGACCAAGCCAUGGCAAUAUACAAGAGAAUGAUGGAAGCUGGGAUUACACCUGAUCUUUCCACCUAUAAUGCAGUUUUGGCAGCAUUAGCUCGAGGAGGGCUAUGGGAACAGUCAGAAAAAAUACUUGCUGAAAUGAAAGAUGGCCGGUGCAAGCCCAAUGAGCUGACAUACUGUUCUUUGCUUCAUGCUUAUGCCAAUGGCAAGGAGAUUGGGCGGAUGCUUGCUCUUGCGGAGGAGAUAUGCUCUGGUGUAAUUGAACCCCAUGCUGUGCUUUUGAAGACCCUUGUUUUAGUUAAUAGUAAAUGUGACCUACUGAUUGAAGCUGAGCGUGCAUUCCUGGAGUUGAAGAGGAAAGGCUUGUCACCUGACUUGAGUACUCUGAAUGCGAUGAUUUCUAUAUAUGGCAGGAGGCAGAUGGUUACCAAAACAAAUGAGAUCUUGAACUUCAUGAGUGAGAGUGGGUUCACUCCUAGCUUGGCAACUUACAAUAGUUUGAUGUAUAUGCACAGCCGAUCAGAGAAUUUUGAGAGAUCAGAGGAGGUUUUAAAAGAAAUCCUUGCAAAGGGAAUGAAACCAGAUGUAAUUUCAUACAACACUGUUAUUUUUGCGUAUUGUCGAAAUGGCCGGAUGAAAGAGGCUUCACAAAUAUUCUCAGAAAUGAGAGAAUCUGGGCUUGUUCCAGAUGUGAUCACGUAUAAUACUUUUGUUGCAAGUUAUGCAGCUGAUUCAAUGUUUGAGGAGGCUAUUGAUGUUGUUCGAUACAUGAUCAAGCAUGGCUGUAAACCAAACCAGAAUACAUACAACUCAGUUGUUGAUGGAUACUGUAAACAUAAUCGUCGGGAUGAUGCAAUCAUGUUCAUAAGCAGCCUUUGCGAGCUUGAUCCACAUAUUUCUAGGGAGGAAGAGGGCAGGUUAUUAGAACGUUUAACCAAAUGGUCAUAG